UGUAAUUAUUUUGUUUCAGAUAAAAUGACUGAGGUUGAGGAGAAGAGUUGGGAGCUCAGCUUAUAUGAGUCUUUGAGGACACCGCAGGAGGCCAUUACAGAAAAUACAGAGAUCGCCGUUAGUCCGAAAUCUCUUCAGAGUGAGCUGACCUGCCCGAUUUGCCUUGACAUGCUCACGCUUACCAUGACAACCAAGGAAUGUCUACACAGAUUUUGUUCUGAUUGUAUCAUUACAGCUCUCAGAUCUGGAAACAAGGAAUGUCCUACUUGUCGUAAGAAAUUAGUUUCAAAACGAUCGCUCAGAUAUGAUCCUAACUUUGAUAAUCUUGUGGCUAACAUUUUUCCGGACAGAGAGGAGUAUGAAGAAGAACAGCAGAAAGCGCUCGCUAUAGCUAGCAAGAAACACAGCGCGCUUCUUAUGAGUGGAAUAAGUUCUGCCGCUAAAGCACAAGCCGACCAUGUUAAAAUGAUAAGCAGAAAAAAAAAUUCCUCAGAUUAUGAUGAACUACUAGCUAGUCAUGCUGCUGUGGGGGAUACACCAGACCAAGCUGAUUCCCCCGGGGAAUCCGAUACAUUACCAUACAGACCUAAAAAGAAGAAGAAGGCGGGUGGAGAGAAUGGAGAAGGGAGUUCAAAUCUUCAACCCAACGAAAUAGAAAUAAUCUUCAGGAACCACCCAACUCUUCCACAAGAAACAGGUAUAUGGUGACAUCAUUUGCCUGCA